UGACAUCAUCCGUUGCUAAGACGCAUGCGCACCCGGAAGUGAGUGCCGGCUGGGCUCCACCGUGACGCGACCGCCAUGGUGUCGCGGCUCUUGUUGUCCGGAGCCCACAAUGUGCUGCAGGACCUAAGGUCACCCAGGAGGCCUUCCCUGCUGGCUGCUUGACCAGUUGCAGCAGCGAAGAUGGAGGCGGGGGUCCCAUUGCCACUGCCGGAGGGCUUGGGUGGCCGAGCGUCGUCCCCUUCCGCAGGGGUUGCCAACCCCCGCCGCCUCUCAGCCAGCGAGUUCUCCUGCCACUGCUGCUACGACGUCCUGGUGGAGCCCACCACCUUGAACUGCGGGCACAGCUUCUGCCGGCAUUGCCUGGCCUUGUGGUGGGCCGCCUCCAAGAAGAACGAGUGCCCCGAGUGCCGGGAGAAGUGGGAGGGCUUCCCCAGAGUCAACAUCCUCCUCAGGGAUGCCAUUGAGAAACUGUUUCCAGAUGCUAUUGAGCAGCGGAAAGGGGACAUCCGGCAAAACCCAGAGGCCUCUGAGAGCCUUCUCGCCUUUCACAAAUAUGGGACGGAACAGGCACCAGCAGCACCCAACACUGCGAGGAUAAAUCCGCGCGGCGGAGGAUUUUUCUCUGGUGUCUUAACGGCAUUGACGUGUGUGGCGGUGGUCUUGCUGGGCUACCACUGGAGCAGCCGGGAUUCAGAAGACGACCUCCUGGUCCACAAACCCGUGGCCAAGUGGAAGGCUGAGGAGGUGACCCAUUGGCUUGGGCAGCUCGGACCCUGGACCUCCCUCUACAUGGAGAGGUUUUUGCUGGAGAGGGUCAACGGAAGGCUCCUCCUAACGCUCACAGAUGAGGACCUGGCCAGGGCUCCGUACCACGUGGAGAACGGCAGCCACAGAAAGGCCAUCAUGGUGGAGCUGGAGCGCGUGAAGGCACUGGGGGUCAAGCCGCCACAGAACCUUUGGGAGUACAAGGCUGUCCAUCCGGGGAAGUCCCUGUUCCUUCUCUACGCCCUGAAGAGCUCCCCGCGCCUCACCAUGCUGUACCUCUAUUUGUUCGACUACACAGACGUCUUCUUGCCCUUCAUCCACACCAUUUGCCCCGCCGAGGAGGAGGAGUUUGAGGACCUCAUUGCCAAGCUACUGGUCUCUCCUCAGGACCUGAAGGAGCCGGCCUGGAAGCAGUGGCGGGAGUUCGUGGCCAAGUUCCUCUUCCUGCCCUACCAGCUGGUGGCCGAGUUUGCCUGGGACUGGCUGGAGGUGCACUACUGGACGUCCCGCUUCAUCAUCGUCAAUGCCAUGCUGCUCUCUGUCCUGGAGCUUUUCUCUUUCUGGAGGCUCUGGUCCAGGAGGGAGCUCAGGACGCUUCCUCAGCGGAUGUGGGGCCACUUCUGGCGGGUGUCCACCCAGGGCUGCCUGAUGGCUCUCUUCUGGCCAGUCAUCCCACAAUUUGUCUGCAAUUGCCUCUUCUACUGGGCCCUGUACUUCAACCCCGUCAUCAACAUCGACCUCGUGGUGAAGGAGGUCCGGCGCUUGGAGACCCAGGUCCUCUGAGGGGCCCCUGUUGUGUGAUCUGGGGCCAACCGGGGGAAAAACAAGGCUGCUUCUAUUGUAUUUUCUUUCUGCGGAGAUAAAACUUGUGCUGAUUUGGGGGAAGGAGGAGGCAGAGGGGGCGGGCGGGGUAUACUUUUGUGACAAGUCUUGAUUUUUUGGCGAAUCUUUUCCUUUCACUCACCCAAUGGAGGUAAGCACUUUCCCCAGUGGCUUUGGGACUUGGAAGAGGGGCAUUGUAUGGUCUUUAUGUACGACGACUGGAAUGCCAAGGGAAACGGAUCCAGUUCCAGGCACUUGGAUCUUUAUUUCUUCCCUUUUCUAUGUCGAAGCACUUGUCAAUUUGUGGUCCCUUUCUCUUCCUAAAAGGCUCUUCAGCCCUGAUUCACUCCCUCCUUUCUCCACCCUGUUCUGUGUACGAAUGUGAGAUUGAUUCUCUUCGCUGUGUUGAUUUUCUCCCAAUCUCCUUGCCAACUCAUUUUGUUUUUUUAAAUGGACUGCCCUGCAUGUAAAUAUACCAAGAAUGACGUGGUGGCUUUGGUACACCUCCAGAUAAACAAACACACACACCACCAGUCUAAAGUAUGCCAAGAUUGUGUUUAUUUUAAAUGCAGUGACCUUCUAUAAAUCGAAACUCGAGCCUAUGUUUGUAUUAAUCCUCUGAUUUGCAUAUGGACAUUUUUAAGAAUUAAAAUAACCAGAUUUUUGUUUCCUAA